AUGGGUACGGAACGUCCAUAUUUCGAUGAUGUUAACCCUAGAAAUAUAUCGACAGUAGCUGAUGAACCGGCGAUAUUAAGAUGUCGCGUCAAGAAUAAAGGCAACCGUACGGUUUCAUGGAUGCGCAAACGAGAUCUUCACAUACUAACAACUAACAUCUACACCUAUACUGGCGAUCAGCGAUUCUCUGUUGUACAUCCGCCCGGCAGCGAUGAUUGGGACUUGAAGAUCGAAUAUGCGCAGCAGAGAGAUAGCGGAAUUUACGAAUGCCAAGUAAAUACCGAGCCGAAAAUUAAUUUAGCCGUAUCACUGGUUGUCAAUGGUGAGCAGUUUUUUGAUUUAUAUUAUAAAAUAUGUUAUUAUAUCAUGCCGACAAACACUUUCCAACACUUUUAUAUUUGCCAUUCUUUAUAG